UGCACAAAGCUCAGUUACAUAACAGAGGGCGACGCGAACGGACCACUCCACUCGCAUCCCUCCGAUUUAAAAAUUAUAUUUUGAGUACUUAUUUUUUUUGUUUGUUUCGUGAUAAAUGUAAAUAAGAAGCGAGUUGUGAAUCGAUUGAAAAAUGAAUUUCGACGGUACGUGGUGGCUGGUGCUGGUGUGCGUGUGUGCAUGCUCAGCUGAAAAGUGGCGGUUCCCGGAGAGUGCCGCGUCGGUCCGCAUCGACACCAAAGUCCGCUUCGUGGACGGAGACGACCGACCCAACGAUAAUGAAAAGAUCAAAGCCAGCGAAAACCAAGUGCAAGCAGAUGAGGUGCCAUUCGAGCCGGCCUCGGACACGGCCGGUUUCUACAACCGACCAGCAAGCGGCGACGUCUCGGGCCGAUUCCCAGUGCGGGUGGAGGGACAGCGGGCGCCCUACAGGGUCGAAGGGCAGGCCAUCUACUCUAUCAGCAAGACUCCCGAGCGCUACUACUCGGACGGAACAUUGGACUCGAUGCAACACUGCAAGUGUGUCUCCACGCCUGACUGCCGCCCGUCCAGCGACUCUCUGAAAGCAUGUGGCGUUGGAAAAUAUCUGUGCUGUUACAAACGACCAAACAAGAGCUAUCAUCAAAAUUCAGAAUUCUUCAAUGAAGUGGAAGACGAACGUCCAGUUUUGCUACCGGGUCAAGAAAAUAUAAACGGUCCAUUCCCGCCACCCCCGGGCUCAUACUUCAAUGGAGUAUUCGGCGCGCAGCAAGAACCCGAUUCCUCAGUGAUAGGCAACAUCGACAGGCCACGGCCGCAACAAGCUGUACUCGUUGGCCCUGAUGGUCCCACCGGCAACAUUGGCCCACCGAACAGACACGUCGGAGCAACUGGCAAUCCAUCCUUGCAGCACAAUUCCCAAGUCCCACCCGUUCUUGUCGGCCCCGACGGUCCAACUGGUAUAAUAGGCCCAGCACCAAUUAAUCCUAACCAAAAACCAGGCGGAAAUCGAGACGUUGGCCAAAGUGAGACUGCACAACGAGGUAUCUUAGUUGGACCAGGUGGUCCUACUGGGAUCAUUGGCCCCGCCGGUUUCAACCGUCCAGGUGGAUUUAUGAAUUACUACUUCGGAGGCGGUCGAAGUACUGGGCCGGGCAUUUUGGUCGGACCGGGUGGACCUACUGGCAUUAUUGGGCCUGGGAGAGGAAUUCUCGUGGGGCCAGGUGGGCCCACUGGCCAAAUAGGGCCGAGAAGACCGUUCAAUUAUGGAUGUCCGCGACAACAAAGAAACAAAUUGACAUCCACUACUUCGUCUAGUUCAGAUAGCUAUAGAAAUAGAAAGAAUAAAAAAUAUGUCGUGUAAAUAAUAAUAAAAACACUAAUUGAAGUA